UCUCUAUAGUCGUUGGGGGAAAGAAGGGCGUCUCGUUGCGGCCGCUCUGUCCCCUGCACCAUAGAGCGCGGCCGGAAGCUGUCUCCUAGCAACGCGCGCUUCCUCUCCCGCCCUCGGGGAAGCUUCUGGGCGGCGCGGGGCAUUGUGGGUGCGCGCCUGGCUCAGCAGCGGGAGCGGCAGAAAGGAGCGCCGCCGAGAUGAUGCCAACACCAGUUAUCCUGCUGAAGGAGGGCACUGACACCUCGCAGGGGAUUCCCCAACUGGUCAGCAACAUCAAUGCCUGCCAGGUGAUCGCCGAGGCUGUACGCACCACCCUGGGACCUCGGGGCAUGGACAAACUCAUUGUGGACGACAGGGGCAAAGCCACAAUCUCUAAUGAUGGUGCCACCAUUCUGAAGCUCCUUGAUGUUGUCCAUCCGGCUGCGAAGACAUUGGUGGACAUUGCCAAAUCUCAGGAUGCAGAGGUUGGUGAUGGCACCACAUCUGUAACUCUGCUUGCUGCUGAGUUCCUGAAACAAGUGAAGCCCUACGUGGAGGAAGGCCUUCAUCCUCAGAUCAUCAUCCGUGCCUUCCGCACGGCCACGCAGCUGGUAAGGCAACACUGUGCAGGAUAGGGAGGCUCUGCUU